UUUGGCAUUCAUUUGAUCAAAUCUAUAGGUAUUUUCAACAGUAAAUUUGGAUGGGUUUCGUGGUUUGUACGACAACGUGUUGCGUUCUACUACCAAAAGGAGGCAACGUCUAUGCCAUUCUUAUCACACAAUUUAUUUCGCACACUUUAUUGCAAAUUAUUCAAAGCUAGAUUUUCUAUUGGACAAUUCGGGUGAUCCCUUCACCGUCCCGUUAUGAGUUGUUUCCGUUAACACAAUACAUUUCGAGGUAUAAUGAAUAUACCCAAGCAGGUUUAUAUCGGGUCGUUAUAUUUUUAGCAAAUGGCUAACCGAACAGUUUACUCCGAGAAUCAUUGGUGACUUAGCAAACUACAUUAGUGGCUGUUAAGAUUAAAACAUGACUGCACACCGAACUCUAGCUAACUACCAUUUGUUUAUUUCUGAUUAAAAAGCUAAUGCUACGUUCCAGAUAUUUUCGCUAGCUCGCUAGUAAUUUAGUGUUGGCUGAACUACGUUAAAGUAGUAGAUCAAAAUAUACGUUAUUUAUACCGUGUUUGUGACCAUUAAACGGUUAUUGUUCCUAGCGCCACACAAAAUCUUAUAUCAUGGAUAACUCCUACGCCGAAUCAGCUGGUCGAGCCGUACUCGAAAUGAUGCAGCGUGAAUGGGAGCCUCUUUCUCAAGGCGAAUUGGACCAACGCCUGGACCAAGCCGUGGAGGACAUUCUGGAAGCUAAUCUCCUGUCCAAGAUUCAGGGAGAUGCUGCACCAAUCAACAUGCAGCUGUCUCAGAAGGUGCAAGAAGAUCCCCAAAUGCAAAACCAAAUUCAAACAGAAGUUAUCGGUAUAACCGUUCCGCCCGUAGAACAGGAAUCUGAAGCUCAACCAUCUGGUUGUCCGGAAAACUCCACCGUUCAGAUCUUAUUUGUUUUUAUUCCUCAGUACAUUAUGAAUCUACUCCAGAAUUCAAACUCAAAAUACAACCAGAGCCGCAUGGCAGGACGUGCCCGGUUAUCCCUAUCCCACACCGUACUCCUGUCACUCACCCUUCUUUCCAAGCGCCUUAGCUAUCGGUCUGUCUCUACCACUUUCCGCCUGGAGAAGGGAAACAUCCAUAGAAUAUUCUUUUCUUUUUGUGAGCGUGUGAACAUUCUUCAGGACCAAAAAAUUACAUGGCCAACUGGGAUAAAUGCUGUAGAAAACCUUCCUCCCCUCUCCAGUCUGCUGAGGAAAGCCAGGGGCCUGGAAGAGAAGGGGGUUCCCAGGGUCCUGGGAGUCUUGGGGCACACACGCAUCCCUAUUCGCCUACCCAUUGGCAAACAGGAUGUAGAAAGCAUGGUUCCAGAGUUAAAGCGGAUGAAAAGGGAGGCCCAUCCUGACUCCUGGCUGAACCUGGAGCUGGUGUGUAACCAUAAAGGCAGGUUGAUGCACUGCAGAAUCAGCAAAGGAUCUGACCUGGAUAGAGCCAGUAAUCUGAGGGACAAACUCAAGCAGCACCCUGAAAUGGUGCCUCCAGGUACCUGCCUAGUGGCUAGAGUUGGAUACCCAGCCUCUGCCCAGAUUUUGACACCGUAUGUAGUGGGUCGAGGCUCCAGGGAAAAUCUUUACAACAGGUCCCUAGAGGCCCAUUUUGAAGUCUUGGACCAGGCUGUGGCUGACCUAAAAGCCAGAUUCCAAAGGCUCAGGUAUUUAGACAUGGGUAACUAUGAGAGAGCCAAAGCAGUCGUCCUGACUGCCUGCAUACUCCACAAUGUAUUUAUUGAUAUGGGAGAUGUGAGAAAGGGACAGGUUGAGAGGGAGGCUGGGCCACAAGAGGAUGAGGAAGAAGGAGAUUGUGAUGAAGAGGGUGUGAGAAGAAGAGAAGCCAUUGCAGAUUUGCUCUAUAAAGAAUUGGAAUCGGGAACUACGUAAAGCAGCGUUGGAUGGUUUAAGGUUAAUAAACAAUACAUUCAAUGCUAAGCAAGAUUCAGAGCUGUAUAAACCCAUGUAUUGUUAUUGGAUGGACAAAGACUAGAAUUUCUUUCUUUGAAUGGAGAUAAACAGCAUUUGUUUUAUUUUGAAGAGUAUCAGAGCAAUAUUUUGUAUUUUUUCCAUAUGUAGGAUUAUUUGUGUCCUAUGGCAGAACUACUGUAUGUACAAUAUGUCCAUUGUAGGCUUAUUUACAGGGAGUUUUCCCUUUGUUAAAUGUUGUUUAAUAAUGGGUGCUUGUUAACUUAGUACAGUGUAAUAAAAAGUAUACAAUGA